AUGGGAACGGCUUGGGAGAAGUUGGCUGCUGCGGCAAUACUGCGUGAUGAAGACGUGGUCUCCUGUAUGACACAGAGUGAGGUCAUUGAGACGGUGGCGCAUCCCAAUGAGAAGUCGGUGCGUCGGGGUAUGCCUGCAGAGGAAGAAGGCAUUAAAACUACCCCAGUCAGCGCAGUGAGCGCGCUGACGUUUACUACUCAGCCUUGGAAGGCGGCCAAGGGGAUGCUGAGUAAAUCAUUGCAGCAUGCGGAGGCAUGGUUUAGAGAGGGACAUCUACCAGCCCGAGUGGGGGGUCGCUGGGAGCUGUGGCGGAUACUUGGUUGGGAGCAGCCAAGAAAAGCACGAGUGAGGAAUCACUCGGUGAUAUGUACAAUCGUAGUAUGA